GCCGCCUAUAAAGUAGUCUUCUUGCUUGCGUCCCGUCUACAGUGCCGUGUUUAGAAAGAGUUCUAGCCUUCAUAUAAAUUCCUUGGUUUGGGCAGUUUCGUUUCACAAUCGUUUAUGGUGCUGAGUCGUCUGUGACCGGUUGAGAGUGUCAGUGCGUGAAUAUCAAGAACCAUGGGAAAUAUCUAUACUGUCGGACCAAACGAGGCUCUCAUCGUAUCAGGAGGAUGCUGUGGCUCCACGAAGAAGUCGACCAUCGUCGGAGGCUGGGCCUGGGCCUGGUGGCUUGUCACAGACGUCCAAAGGCUCUCUUUGGAGGUGAUGACGCUGAACCCGAUGUGCGAGCAAGUGGAGACCGCGCAGGGUGUGCCGUUGACGGUGACCGGUGUGGCCCAGUGCAAAAUCAUGAAGGCUGAGGAGCUCCUGCAGACGGCGUCCGAGCAGUUCCUGGGCAAGUCGGUCAAAGAGGUGAAAAUGACCGUCCUGCAAACCCUGGAAGGCCACCUCAGAGCCAUCUUGGGAACUCUUACCGUGGAAGAGGUGUACAAAGACCGGGACCAGUUCGCUGCAUUGGUGCGGGAGGUGGCGGCGCCCGACGUCGGCCGGAUGGGCAUUGAGAUCCUCUCUUUCACCAUCAAGGACGUAUACGACGAUGUGCAGUACCUGGCCUCGCUCGGAAAGGCGCAGACGGCCAACGUCAAACGCGACGCAGACAUCGGAGUCGCGCAGGCCAACAGGGAUGCCGGAAUCAAGGAGGCAGAAUGCGAGAGAGCCGCGAUGGACAUCAAGUACAAUACUGACACGAAGAUCGAAGACAACUCGAGGAUGUUCAAGCUGCAGAAGGCCAACUUUGACAAGGAAAUCAAUACGGCUAAAGCAGAGGCGCAGCUGGCCUACGAGUUGCAGGCGGCCAAAAUCAGGCAGCGAAUCCGAAACGAAGAAAUCCAAAUCGAGGUGGUGGAGAGACGCAAGCAGAUCGAGGUGGAGCAGCAGGAGGUGCAGCGCAAGGAGAGGGAGCUGUCGUCGACAGUGCGUCUCCCCGCCGAGGCCGAAAGCUACCGCGUCCAAAUGAUCGCCGAGGGCAAAAGAACGCAAACCGUUGCCUCUGCCCAAGCGGAAGCUGAGAAAAUCAAAAAGCUGGGCUCCGCCGAGGCCUACGCCAUUGAGGCGGUGGGCAAGGCCGAGGCCGAGAGGAUGAGGAUGAAGGCGGCCGUGUACAAGCAGUACGGAGAGGCCGCCAUCAUGUCCCUCGUACUUGAAGCACUGCCAAAGAUCGCUGCUGAGGUUUCUGCACCGCUGGCCAAGACGGAGGAGAUUGUGCUUUUGAGUGGCGAAAACACUGGCACGGCAGAGAUCGCGAGGUUGGCUGGACAAAUACCGCCUGCCCUGCAUGCACUCACCGGAGUGGACAUUUCAAAGGUCCUAAGCAAACUGCCCGGCGCCAAGUAAGCAGCGAAGGCGCUUCUCGUACAAGAAUCAUCUACCAACACAUGCUUAUUUCACAUCAAACCUCAGAUCGGAAGACGAUGAUCUGGAUUUAAAAUAUUACAAGCAAACAAAAGAAAAUGGAUUGAAGCCCUCCAGCGUUUUCUCUCAUUGCGUUUUAAUUUUAUUUUUGUGGUGCAUUCAAUCAAGCCAACUGUUGUUGAGUUGUUUUGUUAAACUUGAGGUACCUGCCUUGAACGCCAUGCAUUCGAAAUUCCAAACUAAAGUUACAGCAAAGAUGGAAGGGGAAAAGUAGCUUGGAAAUAAUGCAGUUUUAGUUUCUCUCGUUCCGUCUUUGGCAUUCGACGCCCCAUUUUUCUGUUGGAAGCACAAUGAUUUUCUUUAGACCAAUUACAAGAGUUACCAAACAAUGUGGUGUAACGUAAAAAUGAAUAGAUGUAGGCCUCGCAACCUGAGCCGAUGUGUUCAACUAACAAAAUUGUCAAAAGUUAUUGUUACAAAAAGGAUGCAUUUUGAUCACCAGAAACAUUUGUGCAGCUGCGUUAUCCACUUACAUUUAAAUUGAAAAUAAUAUGCACCCGGAAGAUGUUUAAUGGCACUCAUGAAGCGUUUGGCAGGAUAAUUCAGAGUUUAGUUUUUCGCUUAGUUUUCUUCUCUAAAAAUAUACCAGGGUGCCUCUCACAUAGAUGGAUGAAAUUUUAAAAUGGACACUUUUUGAUAUUCUCACUACAGAUCUGAAUUCUCUCGAUGUUUAAGUAUGCGCAACCGAAAGAAAAAUUACUCAUUAAUUGUCACCCUGAGCGUAGGAAACCAAUGAUGUAUUUCCAUUUUAAGGCAGUGUUGUACGUAUUUUUGUACUCUUUUUAUUGUUACUCUUUGGUUUUAAACCUACCAUUAUAUAUGAUUAUCUUACGUUGGGAUUUUGUUGCUAAAAAACAUUCAUUAAUCAAUCUUCAUCAAUAUUUUGUUUACUAACAAGGUAUGCGUUUGUAGCUACGUUGCAUUAUUAUAGCGUUAUACUAUAUUAUAUCCAAUUAAGUUUCACAAUGUCGCAAUCACGCUUUUAUCUGGUCACUUCCUCUUUUUGUGGAUUUGAAAAUUGUACUAGGCGUUAAAUAAGAGGAAGCAAAAUUGAUUUGUGAAAAAUUCGAUGUAAGGACAAUGCUUUAAUUGGUUCAUCAGAGUACGAGAUUGUUGUUGGAAAGCUGCUGACCGAUCGUGUUGCCGGGAUUGAAGAUAAAUUGUAAUUGCACGGUCCAUCUGCUUGUUCGGCGACGAGUGCGUGUGUUUUUACAUGGCACAAUAAACGUGUGUACAUACUGCCGA